AUGCCCCUUCCCUUCUCAGUGACGAGCGGGUUCUGCACCUUCGGGUUCUCCAUCAAUUCCCUUCGCUCUAUCUUCUCCCGGCGAUUCCGCAUCUUUCCUCGUUACGAGAUCUGGUGCGGUCACCCACUUUCGUGUUUAUCAACAAGGCAGAUGCCAGAAAGUUGGGCAGAUAUCGAUUUGUCUGAAUCGGGUCGCAAUAAGUCGCUGGUCCCUUCCGCCAUUCACACGCGCAGGCAGGCUCGAUGGGGAGUUGAGUGGGACGAAAAGUCUUUUGAAACGAUCUCUCUUCUCCCGGGGCUAAAGCAUGGGGAGUUUCGGUCAAAGAAAGAAUGCCCAACGCAGGUCAAAGCAAAAGCAGAAGGAAGUAAGGUAAGAGGAAUCACUCCAUCCAAGUAUGGAACUGAAGCUAUCAACCUCAAGCUAAGCAGCUGCAGAAGCUGUAGGGAGGGACAGACCAUCAACAGAGGCAGAAGCCUAGCCAUCAAGACUAAUCGGACGCGAGAAGAGUGCGAUAAUUGA